AUGAAAAUAUUUUUAACUGGAGGUUCAGGAUAUUUAGGUCGUAAUUUUAUAGAGUAUGCACUUUCACAAAAUGACCAAAUUAAGAUAAAUGUUUUAUCACGUUCCAGUGUAUCUGAUGAAUAUAUUGUCAAGGCAUCAGAAAAGGUUUCAAAUGGUGACGGAAGAGUAAAAAUAAUUCGUGGAGGUAUUGAGAAUAUUGAUGUAUUGAAAGAAGGCGUUAAUGAAGCUGAUGUAAUUGUUCACAUGGCAGCAAAGGUAAAUAAUUGGGGAUAUUAUGAAGAAUUUGAAAAAAUCAACGUACAAGGAACACUCAAUCUUUUAAAUGCAAUAGAAUCAUUAAACAGCAACAACACCAAGUCAAGAAGAUUUGUUCUUAUAUCAUCAUUUACUGCAAAAUUAAAUAAUCAUUACCCAAAUGACUCAUUACCAGAUUGGGCACCUUAUUCAAAAUCAAAAUGUUUAAAAGAACAAACAGUCAUUGAUAAGAUAUCAGCAUUUUCCUCAAUUAAUGAAAUAAUAAUUUUAAGAUUAGGUUGGAUAUGGGGUAAAGAUGAUACCAGUUUAUUACCUAAAUUAAAUGAUUUAUCCAAGAAUCCUCUUUGGAAAAUUACACCAACUAAUGAUACUGAGGAUAUUACCAUGGAGGAAUUUAUUGAUUUUUAUGUUGGCACAGCAUAUGGCAUCAUACCACCAAAACCUUUUAAUAGUUUCAGAUUUUCUAAAGGGUUGGUUUUUAAUAUUGUUGCAUUUAUAGAAAAUAUUCCAUUUCUCAAUUAUGCUAAAUCAUGGGUAAUAGGAAGCAUUUGUAGAGAAUCGUUGGUUUGUAUAUUUAAACCCUAUAAUCUAGACAACUCUAAGGCCAGUUCCGAGUUGGGUUAUGUUGGAAAAAUUUCAAGAGAAGAAGGGUUAAUCGAAUUGAAAAAAUAUAUGAAAAAUUAA